AUGGUUCACAGAGGUACCAUGCACAAGCUAAACACUGGAGCAAGUAUUCCGGCACUUGGAUUUGGAACUUGGCAAGACAAAGAUGCACAAGAGCCUGCAGUAAUUGCUGCCCUGCAAGCUGGUGUAAGACACAUUGAUACUGCAGCUGUGUAUGGUACUGAGCCUGCGGUCGGCUCUGCUAUCAAGAAGUCUGGUGUUCCCCGUUCAGAGAUCUUCCUUGUUACCAAACUCUGGAACAAUUCGCAUGCUCCCGAAGAUGUUGAGGCUGCUCUCGACACGUCUCUUGCAAACCUUGGAACUGACUACGUUGACCUUUGGCUGAUGCACUGGCCAUCUGCCUUUGCUAGUGGUUCAUCGCUCUUUCCAAAGGACUCAAAUGGCAAGGUUAAACCCGGAAACUCGGACUAUGUCGAGACUUACAAGGCUAUGGAGAAGGUCUACAAGUCUGGCAAGGCCAGAGCUAUUGGCGUUUCAAACUUCAGCAAGGCUGAGAUGGAAAGACUGAUCAAGGAGACGAGCGUUGUUCCAGCAGCCCACCAGGUCGAGCUUCAUCCAUACUUGCAGCAGCACGAAUUUGCCGAGUGGCACAAGUCUCAGGGUAUCCACGUCACUCAAUAUUCGCCUUUCGGAAACAGCAAUGAAGUUUACUCCAAGGGCCAGAACCUGAGCAAGCUGAUCGAAGACCCAACACUGGUCGAAAUUGGUAAGAAGUAUGGCAAGUCUGGAGCGCAAGUAGCGUUGGCUUGGGGAAUCGCUCAUGGCCGAAGUGUCAUUCCCAAGAGCAAGACUCCUGCGAGAAUUCAGCAGAACGUCGAAGGAGACUUUGAACUGUCUGCUGAGGACGUCAAGAAGGUGGAUGCUAUCGACAGAAAAUUGCGCUUCAAUGACCCCAGUGCGAACUUUGGGUGGAACUUCUAUCAGGAUCUUGAAGGAAAGGAGGCUUAA